UCCAAGAUUUAAAUGUUUGAGAUUAACGAGAGUUGAGAAUAUGUUCGUUGGCAAUGAGAAGAUGUUGUUUCUAGCCAAUGUCAAAUAUUCCAAAUGCUGCAAAGCAUUAAAUAACCCAUUUGGAAGUGUAUCCAGAUGCAUAUUUUCCAAUUCCAACCUCCGUAGAUUUCUGAGCGUUGAAAAUAUAGAUGAUGAGACAUUUUGAAUCUGGUUACCGCUCAAACUAAGAGUUUUCAAUCUCGAAAACGUUGAAAACACGUCUGCAGGUAACGAUGUCAACUCGUUGCGAGAUAAAUCUAAAGUCUCGAGCCUAGCGCAUUUUCUGAGAGGUCCUUCGAGAUUUACAAUUUCAUUGUUGCUGAUAUCCAGAUGUCGCAGCGCACAUGGAUCAGGAAGGAAGCGGAGUUUUAUUGGUGGUGAAGAAAGACACCGGUCCAGGGACUACUGCCAAAAGUGAGGAUGGUGGAUCAUCAUCAAACCACACCGGGGAUGGACCUGGGAAAGAAGACAGAAGAGACUCGGAGGGCGCAAGCGAGGGAACCACCCCCGCUGGGCCUUCCUCGACGCCACCGCCGCUCGCUCCGGCAGGUAAGGCGACUGAAGAGACGACAACUGAGAAGACAGCAAGCAGAGAUUCUUCUGAAGAUCGAAGCUCAUCAGAGACCAAACAUGUCAAAGCAUCUACAGAAUAUCCUUCAUCUACAGAACAUAGCGCUUCAAUAGAGCCGCGUAGAGGUUUAGUGGGUGUAGAUGACACCACCGACUACACCGGUACCUCUACAGAGUUCUCUAUGGCCGUAUUAACGGGAAGUACUGGUUUGCCAGAAAUGCCUAGAUCUAGAAGAGAAUGAAACUCUUUCGAAAUAUUACGAGUACGUCCACGAAAAAUCCUUUCAGGACGAUCACUGACUUUUCUGCGGAAAGUUCUGAUUCAGAGACGCACAUUAUUGACUC